CGGAGCGAGGAGGGGUGGAUGACCACGCGGCCCGCAGGGGCAGCGCGUGACGUAGGCCGGCCGUCUGCGCGAGCUGCCUCAGCGCACGGCUCGUUUAGCCGGGUCCUGCGUGGGAAAGAGAGCAGCUGGAGCGCGAGGGAAGUCGUGUCAGACGAAACGGGUCGCGAGCCGCAGAGCAGGCGUGCCGUCGGCGCAGGUGGAGCUCGAGGAGCCGAUGGCGGAGACCAUGCAAAAGUUUGACUUUGCAAUCGACCGCGGGGGAACCUUCACCGAUGUGUUCGCCCGUUGCCCAGAUGGACGGGAGAGGGUCCUCAAACUGCUCUCACAUGAUCCACAGAACUACAAGGACGCUCCUACCGAGGGCAUCCGUAGGGUCCUGGAAGAGGAGACUGGGCGGAGCUUUCCCAGGGAUCAGCCGCUGGACCCGUCCCUCAUAGGUUGGAUCAGGAUGGGCACCACGGUAGCGACCAAUGCGCUCCUGGAGCGGAAGGGUGAGAGAACUGCUCUUCUCAUCACACGGGGCUUCAAAGACCUGCUACACAUCGGCACCCAGGCUCGUCCAAGGCUCUUCGACUUGGAAGUGCGUGUGCCGGACGUUCUGUACGAAGAGGUCAUCGAAGUGGACGAGAGGGUGGUCCUGAAACAGGACGGUCGCCGGAUCCCUGGAAGGAACCCAGUGAAGGAGGUCACAGGUAGUACGGGUGAUGUCCUGGAGGUGUGGCGUGAGCCGGACCUGCAGCGGCUCGAGUGUGACCUGGAAGGGCUGCCGUCACGUGGGAUCACCAGCCUCGCCGUACUGCUGCUCCACUCCUACACGUGGUCUGACCAUGAGCAGGCGGUAGGUGCCUUGGCCCACAGGCUGGGCUUCUCCCAGGUAUCCCUGUCCAGCGAGGUGAUGCCCAUGGUAAGGGCUGUGCCUCGGGGGUACACCGUCUGCGCAGAUGCGUACCUCACACCCAAGAUCCAGCAGUACUUGAAAGGCUUCACAUCCGGCUUCAAGGGUGGGCUGAAGGAGGUGACUGUGUUGUUCAUGCAGUCGGAUGGCGGCCUCACACCCAUGGAUCGGUUCUGUGGGUCCAGGGCUGUGUUGUCUGGCCCAGCAGGGGGUGUGGUGGGCUAUGCCGUCACCUCCUACGACCAGACGGAGAAGAAGCCGAUCAUCGGGUUCGACAUGGGGGGUACCUCGACGGACGUGAGCCGCUACGCCGGGCAGUACGAGCACGUGUUCGAGGCUACGACCGCGGGCAUCACGCUGCAGGCACCACAGCUGGACAUCAACACGGUGGCCGCCGGAGGCGGCUCGCGCCUCUUCUUCAGGUCAGGGAUGUUCGUGGUGGGGCCGGAAUCUGCGAGUGCGCACCCAGGACCGGCCUGCUACAGGAAGGGGGGCCCUCUAACAGUCACCGAUGCCAACCUGGCUCUGGGGCGCCUGCUUCCCUCCUACUUCCCGAAGAUAUUUGGCCCCUGUGAGAACGAGCCACUUUCCAUAGAGGAGACGAUGAAGAGCUUCCGCCAGCUCACCCAGGAGAUCAACCACUUCCUGUCCACCGACCAAUCACAGAGCGGCGAAAGUGGAGGUUGUCAUGUAAACAGCAUUGCAACAAAGGAUGGGGGAUCGAAAAUGGCUGUGGAAGAAGUGGCCAUGGGCUUCAUCCGGGUGGCCAAUGAGGCCAUGUGUCGCCCCAUUAGAGCACUGACGCAGGCCAAGGGGCACGACACCUCCCAGCAUGUUCUGGCGUGUUUCGGCGGAGCUGGAGGGCAGCACGCGUGUGCCAUAGCACGGGCUCUCGGGAUGAAGUCAGUCUUUAUCCACAAGUACAGCGGCGUCCUGUCGGCCUACGGCUUGGCCUUGGCGGACGUGGUGGAGGAGGUCCAAGAGCCGUGUUCCCUUCGGUACGAGCCACGCUUCUUCGAGGAGUUGGACUGCCGGGUGGAGCGUCUCACCUCGCGUUGCCGGGAGGCCUUGAAGGCCCGCGGGUUUGCCAGUGCCCAGGUGAGCAUGGAGGUAUUUCUCCACCUGCGCUACGAGGGGACCGACUGCGCUCUCAUGGUGACGGCUGAGGGCCACCCUUCCGACGCUCGUUCCUGUCGCACCGGAGACUUCCGCACAGCCUUCACCCAACGGUACCUCAAAGAGUUUGGCUUCACCAUCCCCGAUCGGCCCAUCGCAGUGGAUGACAUCCGGGUCAGGGGCUCCGGGAAGUCGGGCAUAAAGUCUCUGACAAAAGUCAAGUCAAGUCAAGGGCCACCCAACCCUGUUGAGGUCACUCGUUGCUAUUUUGACAAUGGAUACCUGGACACCAGGGUGUACCUCUGGGAGGAGCUGACCUGUGAUCACAGCAUUGCGGGUCCAGCCAUCAUCAUUGACAAGAACAGCACUAUCCUGGUGGAGCCUUGCUGUGUGGCUCAGCUGACAACAGGGGGCGACCUACGCAUCGCCGUGGGCUCGGAUCACGUCGUCAUGCUGGGCACUGAGCUCAAUGCCGUGCAGCUCUCGAUUUUCUCACACCGCUUUAUGAGUAUUGCCGAGCAGAUGGGUCGGGUUCUACAGCGCACCUCCAUCUCCACCAACAUCAAGGAGAGGCUGGACUUCUCCUGCGCAGUGUUUGGGCCCGACGGCGGCCUGGUGUCCAACGCUCCACACAUUCCAGUACACCUGGGAGCUAUGCAGGAGACUGUGCAGUACCAGGUAUGGCCUUCAAAUCCAAAGAUCCGUGCUUUGGGGGACGACCUGAAGGAGGGUGAUGUGAUCCUCAGUAACCACCCCUGUGCUGGGGGAAGCCACCUUCCCGACCUCACAGUGAUCACCCCAGUGUUCAGGAAGGGUUCGACUGGACCCGUGUUUUUUGUAGCUAGCAGGGGGCACCAUGCCGACAUCGGCGGUAUCACCCCAGGCUCCAUGCCCCCACAUUCCACCUCCCUACAGCAGGAGGGCGCUGUCUUCACCUCCUUCAAACUGGUCACCGCUGGAACGUUUCAGGAGGAAGCCGUAACCGCCGCUCUUAUGGCGCCAGUCCAAUACCCAGGAUGCUCUGGGACUAGAAAUCUCCACGACAACCUGUCGGACCUGCGGGCUCAGGUGGCAGCCAAUCAGAGAGGGAGUCGGCUGGUGCUGGAAUUGAUUGACAGCUACGGGCUGGAAGUCGUGCAGGCGUACAUGGGGUAUAUUCAGAGCAACGCAGAGAUGGCUGUACGGGACAUGCUGAAAGAAUUUGCCCGUCGCCAACGGCAACUGACGGGACUCCUGGAGGUGGAGGCCGAGGAUCAUAUGGACGACGGCACACCAAUCAGACUUCGUGUUCAAAUCAACGAGGCAGAGGGCAGCGCCGUGUUCGAUUUUACAGGCACCGGCACAGAAGUUUGGGGAAACUGCAACGCCCCUCGUGCCAUCACCUUCUCCGCCCUCAUCUACUGCCUCCGCUGCAUGGUGGGCCAGGACAUCCCCCUGAACCAGGGUUGCCUCGCCCCCAUCAGCGUCGUGAUUCCUGCCGGCUCCAUCCUCCAGCCUUCCCGGGACGCCGCGGUUGUCGGCGGCAACGUGCUAACCUCGCAGAGGGUGGUCGAUGUCAUCUUCCGCGCUUUCGAGGCGUGCGCUGCCUCGCAGGGUUGCAUGAAUAACGUGUCGUUCGGCAGCGACAGGAGCGGCUACUAUGAGACGGUUGCCGGGGGAGCCGGGGCGGGGGAGGGCUGGCACGGCCGAAGUGGCGUCCACAGUCAUAUGACGAACACGCGAAUCACUGACCCAGAGAUCCUGGAGAAGAGAUACCCCGUUAUCCUGGAGUGCUUCUCGCUGCGGCCUGGUUCUGGGGGCAGGGGCCGGUACCGCGGAGGCGAUGGGGUUGUGCGGAAGCUUCUCUUCCGGGACAACGUGGUCCUGUCUGUGCUCACGGAGCGUCGUUCCACGCGACCUUAUGGCCUGCACGGUGGGGAGGCUGGAGCUUCGGGUUUGAACCUGCUCCACAAGGUUGAUGGGAGGGUCCUCAACCUGGGGGCCAAGACCACCGUGAGCCUGGAGCCCGGGGAUGUAUUCUGCCUGUACACCCCCGGCGGAGGGGGUUAUGGGAAAGAGGACAGCAAUGAAAAACCCCCUGCCAAGCGCCAGCGUGUCACAGAAUCCUUCCCGGAGAGAGGGAGUGUGUUUGAGUACCGUCAGGCCCAGGAGAGUGUGUGAGUGCGCAUGAGUGUGUGUGUCUUCCUCGGCUCCUCUUGGCAUGGGACUCGUUCGACUUCUGGAAAGGAACUGAUGUGGUUAGCGAAGUAGACGGGUCACGCGUAUACCAUACGUGUGGCCAGGAAAGACCUCUGAGCGAGAGGAUCCUAAAGCAGCUCCUGCACACUGAUGUCACUCUCAUAGCUGUAGAGUAGUGGGACAUCAGCGUAACAUCAGUGUAACCUUGUUACUUUGUUUAAUAAAUCGAGCAAACAAUGUAAAUUUUGAAAAUCUUUAUUUGGUUUUUAUA